AUGCUCUCCAAAAGAGCUCUGAAUGGGUGUUGCUACACAUCUACAAUCAAUCCACCAGUUGUUGGUAACCCUGAAUUCUCUAUCAACGUCACGGUCAUCUCAGCUGAUAUCCUGGGAAUUGCACCUGCUCCAGUUGUCACCAUCAACUUUCCCUGGGAGUUUGAGAUUGCUCAGCUGCCUUUAUCUGCUGUUGAUAGUGUAUUCUGUCAACCACCAACAUAUGUCGAAAAUGCGCAAAUCAACUGCACAACUAGCUCUACAUCCAUGUUUUCGGCCGUACUCGGUAUCACAACGACAGGUGUUCCAACAAACCCACUUUCAGUGUUUUUAAAGCCCAAUGGAGCACCAGAUUUAAUCGAAGAGUGCGUUUUUGCAGUGUCUUGUACACCCUCGAUUCCUCCAGGAAAAACUCCCCCGCUCACAUUACCACCCACAACAAACUCGACCGAUUCCACACGAGGCUCUACCAAUAACACUGAUUCAUCCCCCUUGGCAAAAAGCCCAUAUCUACGUACUGAUCAGAUAUCCACAAUCAUAUUCUCCACCAUUGGAUCUAUCCUGUUCGUUGCUCUGAUCAUCAUGAUGUGUUGCUGGAGAAAGCAUCGCCGUCGUGAACAAGAAUCAGAAGCACUUUAUCGCAAAGGUGUUUUGUCUCUAAGCAAUAACAGAACAAGCACGACAGUAGAACUUACUACAGCAGAACAGCUCAUGGCAGCACAGAUCGCUGAACGUCUUGCACGUCAGUAUGGCGGAGACCAAAACGCCCCCAUCAUAAAUGUAUCCCAAGCUACACUUUUACGUGAGGGGCGGUCAAUAGCACCGCAGCCAGAAAGUCGCGACUUGUCCGAACUUGCCAAUUACCAAUCUACACGACCCAAGAGUCUCGAUAGCAAGUCAUCGACACCAUAUAGUGAAAAAUUUCCUCCUCCAAUCCGUCAUAGUGUUAUUCAGUUUGGAGACUUGCUUGAUCAGUUUCAAAUGCCGCAAGGACGCGAAAUGCCUCGUCCUAGUGUCAGCAGUGCAGGUGGAAGCGUAUUUGAUAUGCGUAGAAUGUCACUUAUCUCAAACAAAGCAAAGGAUGCUGAUGGUGCAAAGAUCAAAACGGCUCAUUAUUCCAUGGCUGCAGAUUCAGUCAGAACCAUUGCUCCUGUGAUGGAAACCCCAGAUUGGACCGGUGCUUCAAAUUCCGAUGAUAUUCCACCUAUGCCUAAUGAAAUUAAAGCUCAAAAAAGCCAAACAAGCACAAUGGUUCCGGCUAAAAGCAUAGAUAGCCAAUUGGCCGAAAGCACUUCAGACUCGUCAGAUACGCAUAUUUUAUCUAACAUGAUUGAAUCCCCAGAAUCAAACGCUUGGAAACACAAAAGCAACUCAACUGCAAGCCCACCAACAAAUGGACACGCAGGUCCUUCUGGUAUUGUUAUCACCAUGCCACACUCUUCCCAUGACGAAUCCCUAGAUGCCUUUUCCGGCUCAUUCUAUGCAGAUGAUGAUGUAGACACUCCUUUGUCAACACCCUUACUUUCCCGUGCACACAAUCGCACCUAGCUAUAAUAUUUUACCAAUAAUAAACUGUGCAUAUCUAAAUAUGUACUGUAUGGUCCUGGGCAUCAUACUUUAGAAAAUAAAAACAAGUGUGUCAAUACGAUUGUUUUCCCAAGAGUUGAUUAGGAUGGAAAGUUCAAGCUAACAAGGUAUAAUGCUACAAAAUUCAUUAAACCAGCUUAAACUUGGCUGCCAAACACUUUACAAAGCAAAAAUAUCUAAUAGCAUUUUUAUUAAUACGAAUCCCGCUAUUUCCAUCUAGCUCAGCAUACACUUUAAUCAAACGAAAAAUACUUCAUUAAACGUAAUACCUCACACAUUGGUUGU